AUGGCUUUUGCUUCAUCAUCAUUUUAUUCGAUGAAAUCUGAUGAACGAAAAGUUUAUCAAUAUGAACGAUCACCAUUUACAAGUGUAUCAAUGUCAGCACUUAAUUAUCAAGCAACAGAUCGAAUUCGAUCAUUAUCAAAACCAAAAUUACGUAGAGAAACAACUAUUCGUGAUGGUUUUUCUCGUUAUAUGAGUAAUCCAACAUAUUCAGGUGUAACUCCAGCAGCAACACGUAUUAAUUGUUCAUCACGUUUACAUGAAUUAGCAUUACCAGUCAAACGACAUAAAAAUUAUCAAUAUGAAUUACCUCUUCCUCGGCAUGUGCCAGAUAGUGCACUUAAAUAUGAAGCAUCACCAAGAAUCAAUGAAUUAGCUGUACCAAAAAAAAUUAGCUAA